UCACCAAACUGUCCCCUUCGCGUUGGAGUGCCAGAUUAGAGCUGACUGACCGCCGUCCCUCACUGCCGCUUUUUCUCUAAGAUUGUCAACAGUUUACAAAUCUGGCUUGGCUGCCCUUGCUCUGUACCUAAGGUGAACGAUCCUCUCUUUUAAUAUGACGUCGAGGUGUCAUCUGCCGAAAAUCAAAUGUGCAGAUCUUCUUGGGCAGAUCCUCUUGUGCAGAUCUCUUCUGUGCCAAGGGAUUCAAUUGCCUGAAACCUGUAGCAUUCAAUCCAGGAAGGCAGAGACCUGUGCUACUGUUGGGGCAGCCACACUUCUGAAAUGGCAUAGAAGCUGAUCUCCUUUUCUUGUACCGUAAGUAGAUCUGAUCCCCACAUUUCUGGCUGUAUUCGAGCUAUGAAAAAGUAAUUUGAAAGUAACUGUGGGGAGCAGGCAGUUGUCUUAGGCUGGCAUUUUCAGGCUGGCCUAUGGCAUUAGGUACAUUGUCUCAGUGAACUUUAAAUAACUUGAAUUUGGUUUUGGAGACGCCAGCAUUUGUAGUUCUCUCUCCUAAGCAACAGCAAAGUACCACUUUGUAAAAACAUUUAUCAACUCAGAAGCCAACCUUUACAAUGGGAUUAUUUGCAUGUCCUCAGCUGGAGUAGUUUUACAACUCUGAAGAACAGUCCUCUGAGAGGAAAUCUAAAAGGUUUUGUCCCAUGCUCUUGCUGAUUCCUUUCCUUUUUUUCACCUCAGAAAUCAUGUGAAAUUUAUUCCCUGUUAUAAAUUUGCUGUUUGUAGAUAUUUAAAUCAGUGAAUCAUCUGUCUUCCUUCACAGAUGCCCUCAGAACAUGUCUAACUGGACCAGUCUGUGGUACAUCUGGUUAAUCUUGCUGCCUCUGUUCCUGCUUCUGCUCUGUGGGAUUACAGCGAGCUGCAUCAAAUUCUGCUGCCGAAAGAAGAGGCUUCCAGUGGAAACCUUCUCUAGGCACCCUUAUGAUUUAACAGUUAUUGCUAUUGACAGUGACAGCACUGCCCAUAGCACAGUGACCUCAUACAGCUCAUGGCAGUACCCUUUAAGUGCCCCUAUUCCUUCGGUAUUUGUGGAUAUGGAUAAGAACACUGUGUCCCUUCCAGCUUACAGUCUCUAUGCAAUGGAGUUGCCACCUUCUUACGAUGAAGCUGUCCUAAUGGGUAAACAACACAUUGAAGUACCACAGAUAAGCCAGAAAUGCAAUGACAUCCCUGGACAGGUGACAUCUGGUGAGAUGAAUCCCAUCCAGUAUUCACCUGAUACAAGCAACAGAUAUCCAGCAACACAGGCAAAUUCAGGAAAUUCAGAAGAUGCAACACAAGAACAGCUGCAGCUCUGUGACUCAUUUCAGAUGGGGAGUAAAGGAAGGGAAGGAGAGUAAAAGUUAAAGAAGACAUGAAGAGUUUGUUUUUCCAAGUAGGUUAUGAUGGAAAGAUGUUUCCUUUCAUGCCGUUGUAAUGAUCUGUCAGAUAGAAGAAAUGUUUUCUGUGACUGCUAUUAUCUCCUGGUAAAGCUUCUUCAAGGAUAUGAAAUGAAGUAAAAGGGCAGCAGUUUAAAAAUGCCUGUAAAAGUGGGACAUGAAUUGCUUGUUCACAUUCUGAUAAAAAUAAUAAAAAUAUUCUUUGUGUCCAGCA